AUGGAAGGAAGCCUUUGCUGGGAAAGGAUGACCAGAACCCAACAUGGAAAGACCUUUCUUUCCCACCAUUUCCAUCAGUCACUCCCCCCACGGCUGGGAUGGGGCAUGAUCUUUACCCCUUCGAAACCAAGGAACAAGGAGGAAUGUGCCUCUGUCUCCAGUGUACCUCCAGUCUACCACUUUAGCCCACAUCGCUGUGUGCACCUCAAGAACCAAUAUCUGAAAAAGGCUGCUACAAACCUUACCUUCUCUGAGGAGGUGGUGUGGCAGCGAGGGCUUUCCAGCAUCCCUUUUAGCCAGUACAACUUUGACCAUCUCUAUAAUGCAGACCACAUCAUGCAGCCUACCCAGAUCAGGAGGGCCCAAUAUGAGAAACCUAUCAGCUUCAAGUUCUUGGGUUCUUCAGGUCCCUCAGCAAGGGUCACCUCCCAGGCUGUGAAGACAGAAAGCUCUGCUGAACUUAAGAAGCAGCUGAAGGAAUCAAAGCCAGCAAGUGUAGUCCAGGAAAAACCUUGCCCUCUCAUCCCUCAUUCCUUCAGGGAUCCGGAUGUGCUAGGUCUGUCACUUUCUCCAGAUGUGAACCUGGAAGUGAGGGAAGCCUGGCUUCCACCACCUGAGAAGGAGGCCAGAGCCUGGGAAGCCAUCGUGCUGGAAAAGCUGAACAAGCGCACUGCCCGAUGGAUCCAGAGCAAGCGUCCCCUAAGGUCUCGGGUAUCCCCCAACAAGUGGCAGAGCUUUCUGCACCAGCAGUACGACUGGAGCCACAUCCGGGAUGAGCUUUCUUCCACCAGUGACCUGGAGCUCUUGAAACAGCUGGAAGAAGAAGAAACAGCAGAAUUUGAGGAUCGAAGUGUUAUCCUGCCAAUCCAGGAGAAAAAGAAGCCAGAGCUGCUGCUUCCUGUUUACUAUAGAUUGCCCAAUUACUUGCCUCAAGUGCAGACAGGUGAACCUAUGCCUGGCAACAAUAAGACUGCUGAGGGUAUCAAAGGAAAGAACAUCUGCCAGCCCCCGAACCAGAGGUACUUUCGACAGGUGAAUCCUCGAGCUGGAAAGUUUGCUUACUCCACAGACAACACCUUUGAACAGGAAAUAUACUUUGAUAAAGUCCAGGUCAUCCACCAGAUUGGUGCAAAGAGAGACCAUAUUUUCCUGGAAAACUUCAAUAGGUACAAGAAGCAGCUCUCCAAAGUUUUCCCUGAAACCCCAGAAAGGUGGACUUCCCAGCCAGUUCCUGAAGCACCCUGCAGGCCUGUGCAAGGAGUCCCACGCUGGAUUGCUCUGCCCACCCCAGUCAAGGAUCUGCUGCUCCAGGUGGAUGAGGAGGAUGUGCCCAUUAAGACCAGGAGGCUGAAGAAGCAGGAAAAAUCCCAGGAGAAGGCUAUGACUUGGGAACUGGUGGUGCUGCAGCGGAUGCUGCAGGAAUGGAAGACUGCCUGGGCUCUGAUUACUGAGUGGCACCAUGAGACAGUAGAGGGCCUGCUGCGGGGCUUGGGGGACAUGCAUGAUGACAUUCGGAUCCGAGCCAUCAUCACAUGUGCUACAGCUGCUUUAGAAAGGCCCCGGAUUGCCACCAGCCAAGGGGACUCAGACAAAGAGACCGUGAAGGCCCCAUCUAUCAAGGACUUGCCAGAGGUUCUACAGCCUGCCCUGGAAGCUGCUCUUUGUGAUAAAAAUGCCAAUGUGCGGAUGGCAGCAGCAGUAUGCCAAUAUGCCAUACAGUCACACAAUCCCCUUGCCCGGGACAUCAUGCAGACUGCCCUUUUAAAGGGUAACAGCGUGGACAGCUGGGCUGCAGCUCAGUGCCUGGCUCUGGAAGGUGCUGCCACAUACCCCGUGAUUAAGAGGAUCCUCCAGCAGCUGUUUAACAAGAAGAAUGAGGACACUGAGCAUCAGUCUUAUAUGCUCCUGAGCCAUCUCAGUGGGGAGACAACCCUGAUACACACCAUGCUUGCUGUAGAGCUGAACAGCCACCAGUGGAAGGACCGGAUUGUGGCCUGCCAGGCUCUUGGGCGGAUCAGUGGAAAUGUCAGUUUGGAUAUGAAACAUAAGUUGAUCCAGCUGAUGCUGAGUGACUGGAAUAAGGAAGUGAGACGUGCAGCGGCCCGAGCUCUGGGGCAAAUGAGCCUUGGGAAAGAGGUGCACGACACAAUCAGAGUCAAGCUGAGUCAAGGAAAUAUCCAGGAGCGUGUGGAAGCUCUCUCCCUUAUUGGUGGGUUCAAGCUGAUGACCGCCAAGCUUCUCCCAAGUUUCCUGAAUUGCUUCUCUGAUGACUUCAUGGUAGUUCGGUGGGCAGCCUGUUUGGCAGCAGGUGCCCUGCAGAUCCGUGAUAAGAUGGUCCUUGAAUGCCUUUUGAACCUGAUAGAGAGAGAUCCUUACUGGAAAAUCAAGGCCUUUGCCAUUCAAGCUUUGGGUCAGAUUGGCCAAGUGAGUCCCCAGCUGACAGACCUCCUGCUCUGGGCCAUCCACUAUGAAGAGUCACCAGGUGUACGACUAGAAGCUUGCCGUAGCAUCCUAGCCCUCAACCUCCAAGGGCACCGGGUCAGGGACACCUUCCUAGAUGUGCUGCUCCUAGAGAACCAUGAGGCUGUUCUAAAGGAAAUUCACCAGGCCAUGAAGAUACUCAACUUAGAAAAUGAAGGGAACCAAGAAAUGCUUCAGGAGAUCAAGAACAGGAUUCAAACACUAAGCCAAAAGGACUUGCUGACACAGAAAAUAUUCAGGAUGGAGAGGGCCAUAGGAAAAAUGAAGGAGGAAGCAAAACGUGUCUACUGGCAGCCCAAGGAAGGGCAUAAACCAUUGAAACUCCAUACUUUUCUACAACAAACUUUUCAGGGUAGGUUCCCUAGGGGUGAGUACUAUCACGUGACUCCUUUAACAAGCCUUUUCUGGGAUCUGGUGUUUGGGGAGUUUAGUUUUGAGCCUGGUAGGAUGAGUCAGGAAAGGUUACUACCUUUCCUUCUUAGCUGCCAUCCUUUUAGUCCUUUUAUUUUUUUUUUCUGUCUGUCCCCUGGGUUUUAUUUGCUAUUUUGUCACUUUAAAAAAAAAAAAAAAAAAAGAGGUAGUUCUAACUGAACUGAUUUGAAAAGUUAGGUCCAAAACUGACAGAUUAGAAAAACAAGAGUAUAAAACAAACCAAAAAACAAAUAAACUACCGUAUGUUUGAUUAAGCAUCCAAACAAAGCCUUGUGAGUUUAACUUUUAAUAGUAGUUACCUCUGGAAAGUAGAACUGGAGAGAGAGCUAUCAUUUUUAUUUUAUGUACAUCCAUGCUUUCCCAACUUAAAAAAAAAGACCUCAGAAAGUUCUCAACCUUAUAUAGAACUGCACCUAUCAGAUAUGGUGAUAGGCUCUGAAAGUUCCAGACACAAGCUAAAUGAAGUGCAGACAUCAAGCUGUACCAAAAUAUACUUACAAAAUCUGUGUGCCCAGGUGUAGCGGCAGCCUCAGAUCAUUCAGCCAGCUGCCUACCAGCCACCACCCCAAACCCAGGUCUUCUGGUUCCAAGUCCAGUGCUCUCUCUGGUACACCAGGCUCUUUUCCACCAACCAUGAAAAUAUUCACUUUCCAGGUUUGGGGAAGAUUCUUCCAACUGCCAGAAAAAAAUGAGAGUGGAAAGUAACUUGAACACCAGCCUCCCUUCAUGGCCAGCUUGCUAUAAGUUGGUUGACUGAGGCUUAUGAUAGCACAACUAGGUGACAUGCUGUCCCUUGGGGAGCAAUGCUAGCCACUGAUGCAAGCAAGCACGGAGCAAAAACAUAAUGCACUCUUAACUUUUCCAAUAGGAUUGUGCUGUUUGGGGUUCAAGUAGCAUGAUUAAAAUGAAUAAAUUACCCCCAAAGUUAUAGAAUUGGCCUCAAUCCUACAACCACCCCAAGUUACCUUUCACAUCAGUCAUUAUAGAUUUUUCCUAUCUCCCACCCCCCAACCCAAUUCCUUCAUAAUAAUCUAGCCUUUAAAAAGAGAAACAUUCUUUGGCACUUUAAUUAAUAACUUUUCUAACAUUCAUACAAACUCACAGUAGCAAACAAGAUACUGACCCCAACC